UGUAUAUUGUAUACAUUAUUUCUUUAUUAUCCUGGUAAAUAUCGCGUAGUUUUGAAUCAAAUCAAUGAGCGUGUUCGGAGGAGACAGUUGGGGGAGAGAAGCACAGUACCGGAAGAGGAGAGUCGACGAUCUUCUGCUGGAUACAGCCGCCGAUCAUUCUUCCUACAGAAAGCUUCCUACCGGAAAAUACGCCUGCCUCAUCUGCCCUCAUAAUCCAGUCCUCGAUACUGCUCUCAUGCUCUCUAUGCACGUGAAAGCAAGACGCCAUGUUGAUGCAGAAAUGAGGCUCAAACAAAGAGAAGAAGAAAGACAAAAAGAGAUGAAUAAGCGAAUGGCCUUUUCACUUGAUUCUACUUCCAUGAGCAAGACAAACUUAGCUAGCAAACCUUUGAUUGAAAAAACACGAAAGGCUGCUUUUGAGGUACUUCGCCAUGGUUAUAUUGAACAAAGUAGCGCAAAUUACAGCCAAUCUAGAUGCUCGAUUUCUGAGAAUGCACCAUAUGAUUCAACCACUUCAAGAUUUGGUGAAACUGAGGCAUCUGGUAAGGAUAUUGUGAAGAUGCCAUUAGAUUAUCAAGAACGAAGGGAGAGAGAACUCAAGUUUACAUCUGCUGGUUGGAAGCGUGAUUGCCAUGGAGGGUGGUUCAGAGAUGAAAAUGUUGAGUUUGAUUCUGAUGAAGAAGAUCCAAAUGUGUCUCUUGCAAAUGGAGAUUGAUGAUGAUUGAUCGAUGCCUGGGUUACCUAAAUUUGAAAGCAACUUCUGGAAGACAAAUCAAUGGUGCAGAUCUGAUACAAUACUCUCUUUUCUUUAGGAAUCUAGUUAUUUUCUUAAAACGAAUGUAGAAGAAUACAACCAUAUUCACAAAUGAAUAUACACAAACUCUAUUGACUAUUGUAUAUACAAACUUUUUGGGCUAUCCAUAAGCAAAUUGUUCAUGUAUUGCAUCAUCCAAAGAUGUUUCAUGAUAUGUAGAGG